AUGGUCGAAGCAAUCGGCAGAAACACGCGAUCUUUACUUGAUAUAAGCGGUCAGCUAAGACGUAUCCUCAAGGCUAUUGAGGCGAUACCGCUUCAUCUGACUCUGGACAUUGUGCGGCUUGACGAUGACCAUGGUGAAAGUUGGGCCCUUCCAUUACAGGCCUGCCAGACCUGGGAUUCCUUUUGUGAUCUGCUUCGGUCUGUUGUGUAUCCAAACGGGAGGCCUGGCGCAAACCACAUCAUGGACAGUCUAUUCGCCGUUACCCAUGCAAAAACUGGGAGACAGGUUCAAGAAGAUACAUGGUCUCGCUUUGUAAGUCCGGGAUUUCAUAUCGAGCAGGCCAUGGUGGUCAAAGGAAUUCGUUCCCUGGAGAUCUACCUAGACCCAACAUGUCUUGGGAAACUCGUGGAAGAAGUGUUGGAAUAUGGCCGCCGUAAAACAUAUCUAUGGGUGAUGACAAAUCGAGCCCCAUCUUCUCUAGUAGUUUUAAAUCAAGAUCAAUCUUCACUGACUGCUAUCGGUGAGAAUUCAGAGGGUUCCCGCAACAUUAAAGCAAAGCUUGGCCCUGGGCUUCUUUCCAUUAACGUUAACGAUGAUUCAGAGAUGUUCCGUAAAGUCAAGGUGGUUUACCCCACGAAGCCCGUCCGAAACAUCAAUGAUGUCCUCAAACUAUUGUAUGAGAGUUCCAAUCAACCUGAAGCACAAGCAUUUAUCGGCUUUCAAAGGCUUCGAGAUGUAGAGGAAACAUUAACAAUAAAAUAUGCCGAAGAAUCGAUAGAUAGUCUGAAGAUUGCAAUUGAAUCAGACAGCAUCAUUGCUGAGUAUUGGUACCAGUUGGGAAGUGCACGUAUGUUACUUGGAUCCUGGUCUGGCUACCAUGCCCAAUAUGACGACGCCACAGAUGAUUUUCGGAGGUGUGACGAACUCAUGCCAGGGUUGCCUCAAGUUCGCUCGCAACUCGAACCUUGUCAGAGAUACGUCCAAGAUUUAGACGAGAAAUCCUUCCGUGAUCACUUCUUUGAGGGCCCGAUUGAGACUCCGCUCCAGACACAUUACGAAAUGGCUGACCAAGCCGAAAGCGAACACAUCAACUUCAAUAGUAUUCUUCACGAUGGAGUGCAGGAAUCUGAGGAUAGUGACGAGGAAAUCGAUCAUCUGUAG